UGGGCAUAGGCCACCCAUCGACACAAGUCACACCACCCACGCCUCUCGUUCUAUCCCCCACCGCACCAGCUCCAUUUGCGCCUACUCCGUCGCCGGCAGACCCUGGCCGAGUGGCCGGCUCCGGCGAUCCCUCGCGCCGCUGACCAGAUCCUCCUCCUUUCUCUAUUCUACUCCAUGGAACCGCUAAAUCACUGCCCCACCACAAACCUUUAGGCGCCCAAGAUCCCCGCUUGUCCCUCCGGCGCCGGCCACCGGCAUGUACCCUCCGCCGCUGCCUCGUAUCCCACACUACCGCCUCCUCCUCCCCUCCGCCGUCCCUUGAUGCCUCCGUCCUCAGUUCCUCCUGCCCUCCACUCCCGCAUCAGAUCGACGCCGCAGCCCCAGUCUCGCCGAUUCGAGGUGUGCCGCCGGCCAGAAGCCACGACGUCGCGGCGGCUUGUUCGCCGGUGCGCGCGUGCUCCGUUAAAACGGUGCGCAGCGCUCCGUCGAAUUCGCUGCCUGCGUCGCGCGUGUGGCUUACGGCGGUUGCUGCACGCCGGCGUGGACGCGGCGGCUCUGCCCGCCUUGCCCGUCGCCCUUCUCCAGCGGCUGCAGCUAGAGGAGUGGAUGGACAAAUCGGCGGAGCAUUCUCGGACCAGUCCGUCAAGAAUGGCCUCCAUUCUUGGUAAUUGUUGGUCGGAGUGUUGCACAUGACAAAUUGGGUACUGCAUCCCUUGAAGUUGGUUUAUGUUUUAUGCUGCUGCUGCUGUUGGUGUACUUGGUUAGAUGAAACGAAUCAGAUGGCCUUGUUUCCUGGAAAAAAGGAAACCUUUGUGGGGGUAUACAUGUUGAGCGAGCAUUUUGUUCCGCUGAAAUGCAAUUUUCUUGAGGCCCGAAACAACAAUAGUUUUGCAUGCCAAGUCGUAGGAGAUGAAUUGGAGGCCGUCGGU